GCCCAGCUGUGGCACGCUUCGGUUCAGCAAAAGUCAGGCUCCUCAGCAGUGAUAUCCCAGAUAAAACCCAGAGAUAAUGUCGGACUCAGAUAGCAGGCUGAUCGAUGUGGAGGCCCCGGGGCGGGUGGAGCUGCAUGAGUUGCAGAUGAUGCCGGUGGGCAGCACCAUUGAGGUGCCCAGCUUGGACAGCACACCCAAGCUAUCGAAACGGAACAGUUCGGAGAGGAGUCUGCCCCUCAGGAGCUACAGCAAGUGGUCGCCCACAGAGCAGGGAGCCACCCUGGUGUGGCGGGAUCUCUGCGUCUAUACCAAUGUCGGGGGCUCCGGGCAGCGGAUGAAGCGGAUCAUCAACAACUCGACGGGGGCCAUUCAACCGGGCACUCUGAUGGCUCUAAUGGGCUCGAGUGGCUCUGGGAAAACAACACUCAUGUCGACGCUCGCCUUUCGACAGCCGGCCGGGACCGUGGUUCAAGGCGACAUUCUGAUAAACGGCCGGCGCAUCGGGCCCUUCAUGCACCGCAUCAGCGGCUACGUCUACCAGGACGACCUCUUCCUCGGAACGCUGACUGUUCUGGAGCACUUGAACUUUAUGGCACAUCUCCGCCUGGACCGUCGGGUGUCGAAAGAGGAGCGUCGCCUCAUCAUUAACGAGCUCCUGGAGCGAACCGGCCUCCUUUCGGCGGCCCACACUCGAAUUGGCAGCGGCGAUGACAAGAAGGUCCUUUCGGGGGGAGAGCGCAAGCGAUUGGCCUUCGCCGUGGAGCUGCUGAACAACCCGGUGAUCCUGUUUUGCGAUGAGCCCACCACGGGACUGGACUCGUACAGUGCCCAGCAGCUGGUGGCCACGUUGUACGAGUUGGCCCAGAAGGGCACCACCAUCCUGUGCACCAUCCACCAGCCGAGUUCACAGCUCUUCGACAACUUCAACAACGUGAUGCUGCUGGCCGAUGGCCGGGUGGCAUUCACGGGAUCACCGCAGCAUGCUCUAAGUUUCUUUGCCAAUCACGGAUACUACUGCCCGGAGGCGUACAAUCCGGCGGAUUUCCUAAUUGGCGUCCUGGCCACCGAUCCUGGCUAUGAGCAGGCCUCGCAGAGAUCGGCCCAACACCUUUGUGAUCAGUUCGCCGUCAGCUCGGCGGCCAAGCAGCGCGAUAUGCUGGUCAACCUGGAGAUUCACAUGGCGCAGUCCGGCAACUUUCCCUUCGACACGGAGGUGGAGUCCUUCAGGGGCGUGGCCUGGUACAAGCGCUUCCACGUAGUUUGGCUGAGGGCAUCGCUAACUCUGCUUAGGGAUCCCACGAUUCAGUGGUUGCGGUUCGUCCAAAAGAUCGCAAUGGCGUUCAUCAUCGGAGCCUGCUUCGCCGGAACCACGGAACCCUCCCAGUUGGGCGUACAGGCCGUUCAGGGCGCCCUUUUCAUCAUGAUAUCGGAGAACACCUACCAUCCCAUGUACUCCGUGCUGAACCUCUUCCCCCAGGGAUUUCCGCUGUUCAUGAGGGAAACCCGAUCGGGUCUCUACUCCACGGGACAGUAUUAUGCGGCCAACAUCUUGGCUUUGCUGCCUGGCAUGAUAAUUGAGCCCUUGAUAUUCGUCGUCAUCUGCUACUGGCUGACGGGUCUGAGGUCCACCUUUUAUGCCUUCGGAGUGACUGCGAUGUGUGUGGUGCUGGUGAUGAAUGUGGCCACAGCCUGCGGUUGCUUCUUUUCCACGGCUUUUAACUCGGUGCCGCUGGCAAUGGCUUAUUUGGUGCCCUUGGAUUACAUAUUCAUGAUCACCUCGGGAAUCUUCAUACAAGUGAACUCGCUUCCAGUGGCGUUUUGGUGGACACAGUUUCUUUCGUGGAUGCUCUAUGCCAAUGAGGCCAUGACCGCUGCUCAGUGGUCUGGAGUGCAGAAUAUUACCUGCUUCCAGGAGAGUGCCGACUUGCCCUGCUUUCACACGGGUCAGGAUGUCCUGGACAAGUACAGCUUCAAGGAGAGCAACGUCUACCGGAACUUACUGGCCAUGGUGGGGCUUUACUUUGGGUUCCAUCUGCUGGGAUAUUACUGCCUUUGGCGAAGGGCUCGAAAGCUGUGAGAGCUCCCAGUUUGAGUGCUGUACAUAUACUUACUACAGAGCUAUGAACUAUGAACUCAUCCAAUAAACAAUGCCUAGAUUUUAAAAUAAAUAGC